UAGAUAUUGUAAAUCCAUGCUCGCGUUUACAACACAUCUCGCCACUGUUAAUCCGCGUAUGCGCAGUAACCGCCUCUAUUGUCUCCCAGCAGCAGCAGCGGCGGCGGCGGCGGCGCAGCGGCACACGCUGAACCGAUCUCCAGGCAGACGGAGGGAGGACGAGCGGACCUCUGGACGUGUACACUGGACGGGCAUCAUGGCUGGUGUAUUUUGAGUCAGUCCUCUCUGAAUAAGAGAGAGCUUUUGCAUUCAAAGUACUGCGGAUGUGUUGUUGCGCCUGGUGAUUUUGGGCAGGCUGUCCUGUCAGUUGCUUAUAAGCGGAGAACGUGUUGCGUUUUUGCUCGCGCGAACGGCUUUAUUAUCACCCCCUUGUUCCCUAAGGUGAUUAUUGAGACUUUAGGUCCAUGAUUCGACCAGGAAAAUGGGCUGUUGCGUCUGCGAGACACAGCUGUUUUAGUCAGACUUGACAACCGCGGAUUUUAGCGCUUGAUUUGGUCGCUUGUUUGAAGGAGGCUCGAGAAGCGCCGCAGGGCGAUCCGUGACACCCUUUCCGCGACACCCCCACCCAUUUUUAGCGGAUACUUUUGGAUGGGGGGCAAGCAGAGCACGGCGGGGCGGCCCCGGGGAGCUUUUCCCGGUGUCUCGACGGAUGACAGCGCGGUGCCACCCUCGGCCCACUUCGGACACUACCGGCCAGGUGGCACGAUGGGACUGCGCAGCCGCUCGGUGAGCUCCGUGGCGGGGAUGGGCAUAGAUCACAGCGCCACGGUGCCCUUCGGGUUUUACACCCCCAGAGGAACAGACUCGGACAGAGCCGGAGGGGGGUCUGGCUCGGAUCCCGCUCAUAACGGGAAUGGAUACCAAGAAACGGGCGGCGGGCACCACACGGACGGUAUGCUUUACCUGGGAUCCCGGGCGUCGUUGGCAGACACUUUGCCCCUGCACAUCGCGCCCCGAUGGUUUAGCGCCCAUAGCGGAUUUAAGUGUCCUGUCUGCUCCAAAUCAGUGGCAUCCAACGAGAUGGAAGUUCACUUCAUCAUGUGUCUGAGCAAGCCCCGCCUCUCCUACAAUGAUGACGUGUUGUCAAGAGACGCAGGAGAAUGUGUAAUAUGUCUCGAGGAGCUACAGCAGGGAGACACCAUCGCUAGACUGCCGUGCCUCUGUAUCUAUCACAAAAGCUGUAUAGACUCCUGGUUUGAGAUCAACCGCUCCUGCCCUGAACAUCCUUCAGACUGACCUCCAUCAUCUACUUCUGCUACCACUAAGAAAGGGCACUUUAUGGACCUAAACCUGGAUAUCCUGACACAAAAAUAACCAAAUAAAUCAAUCUACCAACCAAUUAGAUCGAAACCUACCGAAACGGAAAUGUGUCAUCGCAAAACUGAACCAAAUAAAAGCGUUCAUCCAGCCAACACCAUCAUUACCACUUGCAGAAUCCCAGAAUCUCAGAAUCUCCUGCCCACUGUGCUAGAGACUGCUAAACUGCUAACCGGCCCCUUCGCGGCAAAACCACCGACACCGGAUCUCUGGCUUUGGAAAACGUCUCGCUUUCUUGCCCCGUCUACAUACUCUGUGUUCUUAUCGGCGUGUGUGUUCGGUCUGCAUUCUGACCCGGUCCUCUCUCCUUGUGUAUGUAAUCGGACUGAAGGAGAUGGGGGGAAAGGGGGCGGGGCAACACAAGGGGCGGGGCAACACAAGGGGCGGGCUAUAUGCAGUAAAUAAGUAGAAAGUAGACCGCGCUUUGCAAACCAAUCCAGAGGCCAUACCUGUCCUGUCAAUCAAACGAUGCUGAUUAAAGGGGUGUGGCAGGGGGGCGGGGUUUCACACCUGGUUCGUGGGAGGAGUUUUGUGUGCGUGGUUCACUUGUAAAUGAUGUGUUGGACAGCCGGUGGACGUAGAUUUACUUAUUCUGUGUGUGCAUGUGUGUGAUCAUGUGUCCACAGGCAGGGAAAUGUGUAAAUUGUGUUUCCUGUUAGUGCCAGAGGAAGUCCAAGACAUCGGCAUGUGUGUUGGGAUGGGGGUUUACGGUCAUAAACGGAGAGAAAGAUACACUCUCGGUCUGUCUUCAAAUGUU